GCUGCCUGAGUGUGGGGGUGCGGCGCAUGCGCGCUCGGGAGCAGGUCGGCGGCCUGGGCGGGGGAGGUGGGGUUGUGGCGCGAGGAGCGGACCGGAGCCGGAGGAGGUUUAGAAAAGCCCGUAAAGAGGGGAGCCCCCGCCGCGCCGCGCCACAGGUGAGGGGGAAGCCAAAACCAUGGAGGCCCCACCCGUUACCAUGAUGCCUGUCACUGGCGGCACCAUUAACAUGAUGGAGUAUUUACUCCAAGGAAGUGUUUUGGAUCAAAGCCUGGAGAGCCUCCUUCACCGGUUGCGUGGUCUGUGUGACAACAUGGAACCUGAGACUUUCUUGGACCAUGAGAUGGUGUUCCUCCUGAAAGGGCAGCAGGCCAGUCCCUUUGUCCUGAGGGCACGGCGCUCCAUGGACAAAGCUGGCACACCCUGGCACUUACGCUAUUUGGGACAGCCAGAAAUGGGAGACAAAAACCGCCAUGCUCUGGUGCGCAACUGUGUUGACAUCGCCACCUCAGAGAACCUUACUGACUUUCUGGUGGAGAUGGGCUUCCGCAUGGAUCACGAGUUUGUCGCCAAGGGCCACGUGUUCCGCAAGGGCAUCAUGAAGAUUGUAGUGUACAAGAUUUUCCGCAUCCUGGUUCCAGGAAACACUGAUAGCAUUGAACCCUUGUCUCUCUCCUACCUUGUGGAGCUGAGUGUAGUAGCUCCGGCAGGACAAGAUGUAGUUUCUGAUGACAUGCGGAACUUUGCUGAGCAGCUAAAGCCCUUAGUUCACCUAGAGAAAAUUGACCCCAAAAGGCUCAUGUGAGUGAAAAGGACCCAUCAAGUAUGUCUAGUUCCUCUCUCUCCUAAUGGUCCUGGUGACCAGCAUGUAGAGACUCUUCUUCCAAAAUGACUCUUGCAAGAACUGAGGCGAUCAAAGGUUUUUGGUUUUGUUUUGGUUUUUUUGAGGGGUAGUGGAGAGGUUGGCUGUGGUGUUUUGUCACUGCAGUAAUUGACAGUUGGAUCACUUUUUCCCCCACUUAAUAUUUCCCUUUAUAUAGAUCUACCAUCAGUUUGACAUUUUUUGAAAUCUACUAAUUUUGGAAUUUUCUUAAGAAUCCCUUUAAACAGCAUGAAUAGAAACAUUUCUUAAUUUCCUUUAUUACUUCAUAUUAGUGUUUCUGCUUUCUUAAUAAGGGUCUCACUCGCCAGAAAGUGAGAUCCAAAGUAUCAAACAUGCUUAGGUUCAGUCCUCUUUCUCAGUGCAUAUAUCUGGCUGCUGUCUUUUCAUUUGCAGCAUAGCUGCUUCUAUUCUAAUAGCCUCAUCUUGCAAAGACUGGAAAGGAGCACGUACAUGAGCUUCAUCCCUCAAGUAAUGGGGGAGUGAUAUCCUAAUGUUACUGCAUGAGACAGGAAAUACAACUAUCAGAAUCAACAAUACAAUGGAACUGACUGCACACUUGUAAAAGAGGAACGCCUCUUUUCCCCCACUAAUUUUUUCAAUUAGCGACCUUAGAUGUUACUUGUAACACUAGCAGAUACAAAACUAAGGUGGAAAUGAGUUUAAGGUAAAAAAUAUAGAUUUUAAAAGCCAAUUUGCUUUGCUUGUAUAUAAUUGGUUAAGUAGAUGCGUAUACAGUGUAUUCACUUGGUUAACUAAAAUUACCAAAUUUAGCAUAAAGGCUAUAGUUAGUAGUUACCUCUCUUUAGGAAAAUAAGUAAAAAUGAAGAAAAAUAAGUUUAAAUUAAGGUUUCCUUCUUCCUGAUAUCAAUCAACCCUGUCUUGUACGGUGCUUAUUUUCCUAGGAACAGAAUGUAGUUUUUCUCAUGGGCCCAAAAUGCACCUACAGUGUCCUUUAUGCCUCACUCAAGAAAUAGACCUAUUUUCUUUUGUAAUCAAGCGUGUUCUUAUCAUUUUCAAGGUGCAUAAUACCCUUUCAAGAUGUGCUUUCUCCUAUAUUUACACCACCUGGAUAUCUAGACAGCAGAAAAACACUUCCUGUAACACCCUAAAUGACCAACAGUAGGUGCUGCUGUUUGCUACUGGCUAGCCUUCUGCUGGUACAUAAACAUUAAAGAAUCUGGUGAGUUUGUCCUAUGAGAUAGAUGCAACUUCUGACUUGACACAAUCACCUGUGAUAUUUCUUCAUUGAGUCAGAGAGGGUGAAUGAGAUAAUACCUCUUAUUGGACCAACUUCUGUUAGUGACAGAGCAGCUUUCAAGCUACACCGAGCUCUUCUUCAGGUCUGGAGAAGGUAAUCAGAAAAUCACAGCUAAAUACAAGAUAGAAUAGAUGUUAACUCUUUAUGCUUAAUCUAUUCCACUUAGUAUUUAACUGUGACUUUCAGAUUAUCUUCCCCAGACCUGAAGAGCUCAAUGUUGCUCAAAAUCUUCUCAGUCCCAGAAGUUAGUCCAAUAAGUGAUAUUACCUCACUUACUGUCUUAUUUCCUGAGACUAACAUGGCUAUAACACUAUAACCAACAUUUUUACAGUGAAAUAUUAAGAUGUCUUACAAAAUGGUGUGUGUGCUUUGUUGUGCAUUUUCACCCUCCUCGGCCCUGAUUUUUAUUGUUGUAAUUGUGAGGAAGUCAAACUUCACCUGUUUCUACCCAAAGAAUGGGAACUCAAUUAGGAACUCCACUUCUAACACAGCUUUGCUAAGAAAAUACGAUCUUGUGGGUUGUACAAAGUAAUCUGCUGUCCUGAUAAGGAACUGGGAUAACAGCAAAGCUAAUAAUGUUAGCACUUACAGAAAGGUUUUUAAUUUUCAAAAUGCAUAGCUACUGUUUCAUCAGCAAUCCUCUUCACUCCCCAUUCCUGUCCUGUUUCCUCCAAAAUACUAUGUGAGAGAGUAUUUGAAUACAAAACAAAAAUGUUUAGGUGUGCUAUCCUGUACUAUCUUACGAGUCCUGGAGCUCGGGUAAUAUGGAGUAGAUACGUAAAAAGCCAUAUGCUGAAGGAGACAAAUACAGUCCAAGGAAAAGGGACUGAUGGCAGGACAGUUACCAUGGAACAUAUACUUUACAACUGCUAUUGAUGGAGUCAAAUCUAGACUAAUGGGCUGAACCAAUGCCCCUUAAGUCAAUGGAACUGUGUCCAUUAAUUUUAAGGAUAACUUGAUUAGGGCCCAGGUUGGUAGUUAUCAAAAACAGCUCUACUCCUAACUGCAAUACCCUUUCAAAUGAAUAAAUAAUCAUACUCUAUAUAUUAGUAGUAUUACCAUAUUGCUGGAGUCCCUAGUCAUAGACCAGGACUCCUCUGUGCUAGGUGCUGUACACAGUCCAUGUAGAUAUCCAGCCCCAAUGAAUAAGUAUAUUUUAUGUUUAUAUGGUAAUAAGGAGGCUUCAGCCUCGACACCUGGAGAUGAAAGGAGGGACUUCACAAGUAACAGUUAUUGGUUAGCUUACACCCAAAGGAACUAUGUUAUUUUUUAAUGUUCUCCAUCUGUAAAAACAUCUAAUCCUUUUAUAGAUUCUACUAAGCUCAUGAACUUGAAUGGAUCUUGGGGCAAUGAGUUCCACAGGGUAAUUUUCAGUAUGCAUAAGCACAAGUGUUAGAAAAACUACUUUUAAAAUGAAACAGUAAAAUCUAUGAAAAGACCCAUACGUGGGUUUUCUACAUAGGCAACAAUAAUAUACAUCUGCAUAACUGCCAAUUUUUCCCUCUAUUAAAUUGUCUCUCUCAAAAGAGGGAAGUCAAAGUUUUCAGAUUAGUUUUUUCUAUAGGUAAUGCACUACAGAUUUGAAAAGCCUAUUGGUUCCUCUUAAGGCUGGUCAAAUUCAUCCCCUAAUUAUCAGUGCUACCUGCUCAACAGAAUGACUUUAAAAAGCUGAAUUCAGACUUGAAAUUUUGUGGGUUCAUGUUCCUCUUGAGAGAUGGUAAAAAAAAAAAGUGAGUGGAGAAGGAAAGUGAGAAAUCCUCAGAAAAAAUGAAACAGGCAAAAGCAUAUGGGAGGUGGAAAGAAAUGGAAGUUUUAAAAUGGUAAAGUUUGUUAAAAAAUUUGAGAAAUAAAUUUUGGAAGAUAAAGCUUUUACAUGACAGGGAAAUGAUUAAUAAAUUUGAACUCUUUCCAAACUUGUUGUGUCACAUUGAGGUCAGUUAACACCGAGGACAUGAAGCAACCCAUCGGAAGUGUUCAAUCUCUUCCCAGGAUCAGAACCUUAGAGAUUAAUGUUAUGUCAUUCAAGAUAGUGCUUUGUUUUAAGUAAUAUGGUGAAAGGGUUAAUGUAACUGGUUAGUAAAAUAGAGGCCAUGCUUCUAAGGAAUGGAAUGCUCCCACCAUGAAGUUGUUUACCAUCAUGAAAGGAUUAAAAUGAGAAAUUGCUACAGAAAGCCUCUUUUAUCAUCACAAAUUCUUUUACUCUGGGAGGCAGAUUGCUACUCUGAUUUGAAAUUUCUAGCACCAGGAGGUUAAGCCAUCUUUAAUAUUACCUAUGAAGAUAAAUGUAGGAUACAGACAACUACCCACGACACUAGAGUACUUUUUAGGUGUGAAAAAAAUGUUUAUAGAAUUACCCCCAAAGAAGUUGUUCAGCAGUACAUGCAUGUAAAUGUCCAUUGUCUACACAAACAGGUUGUGACUGAAAGAAGACAUCCUUCGCUGGUUCUUUUCUGUGGCUGUUUUGGCUCAGUCUUACCACUGUUGCACAUCUACCUGUCCCUGUGCUGGGGGAAGAAGAACAGGACACUGAUUGGUGCACCAGGGUGUGGAUAAUGACGCAGUGUAUGGCCUGAUCCUCCAAGCUGUGAGUAAAAAUCCAAUCAUAGGGAAGACAACAACUCUGUGCCAGGAGAAAUUUCAGGAUUUAAGCAGAGUUGCCUGCCUGCCCACACCCUUCUCUGCUGAAGGUGUCCUGUUUUCUUUUCUAAAUCACACAGGGACAAAUAGAUUUGAGCAGUGAAACAAGUGACCCAUAAAACUAGUACAGGAAUGAACAAGCAAAGGGCAUCUUAUUCUAUUAUCAGAACAUGUUUGUUCAGGAAUUAUUCAUCAGCCCCCUUGUGACUGGGAUGACAUCCAUUCUGCACUAGCAUCAGUACAACAGAUGUUUCUUUUAGCCUAUGGAAAAAUGAAGAGUAAUGUCUCCAGUUAACAGAGGGAGAUAUGUUAAGUAGAUACAAAAUGACUUAUGCUGGAAUUUGGUCAAGACUUGUGUGUUGAAUACUUAGUUACAAAAGGCAAUGCUAGCAAAUGAGCAGAAGGGGGUUUAUUUUCAUAAGUCAGAAUGUUGCAGACCUCGUUUGAGGAUCAUCUGAUUUAUAGCAAUUGGAUGUUUGUUUAAUCUGUGCUGUUAAAAUGGUGCCUUAACUCCAGUGCUACCGUGCACACCAUGUUGUCACCAUGUCUCAGAGAGAAAGUUCAACAUACAAUGUAUGUAGUCAACUAAGGAGUAAAGGAACCUGUCAGGAUACCAACCAUAAGAGAGAAGUUUAUUUUUGGGUGGGUGAGAGAGAAAGAAGACGAGAGCAACUUUGUAAAGCAACAGUUAGUUUACAUAACACCUCCCACAUCCUUGACUAGCCAUCUGCCCAGAUUUUAGGCCAGAAUGACCUAGCUGUUUUCUAAGAACCUGCAUGCACAACAGUUCUAAGAGUUCCGUUUUUCUUUGAGCCAGUGCUAUCUGAUGGAUGUGGCUGGAAGGUGCAAUUGAUGGGAAAAAACAGUCAAACAAUCGCAGAAAUCCAAAGAAAACGGUAACCAGCAAGCCAAGUGCUUCAUAUAAAACAGUUUAACAGAUCUUGGGUCUCAUUCCUGGGACUGAGAGAGUUGCACCUGGCAUAGGACCAAGGAGAGGGCAAAGAAAUGUAGGUUUAAGCAUGUAAUCCCCAAACUGUGGGGCAUGCCCCGCUAGGGGGACACAGAGGAACAUUUGGAGGGAUGCGGCUGGGCCUGGAUCAUCUUGGCAAAAUUUUAUAUAAAACAAAACUUUCUAGUUAAAUACAAAUUCAAAAUAAGUUAUUUAAAAAUGUCAGAUUUAAGUAUUUUUAAAUCCUUCCUCCACUGAGAGUUUUAAAGUUAUCAGUAAAGAAAAAAAGUCAACUGCAAUAUCCUUUAGCAUGCCUCAGAGGUAGACAUUUUACAAAUCAAUCCAAUUUAUCUUUGGACAUUUCCACUAGGUGGCCACAGUAAAUGAAAAAUAGCUAAUUUCUUAGAUUCAGGAAUGAGAAAUAUGCAAGGCUUUGGUUGUUUUAUUAAAAUGCUAUGUAUGACAUUUUACUUCAAGGCACUAAAUAUUAAAAAUAACUACAAACCAGAGCUGUUUUUCAUAAUAUUUUAAUACUUUUCACUUUUAAAUACUGGUUUUAAAUUUGUGAUUGUAACAUGGAAGAGUCAACUUUUAAUUUUUUAAAACUUAUCAGUAUCAUAAAGCUAUCACAGAACAAACAGCUACACGCUAUGCACUCAAGGUACUCAAAAUAUGAUUCAUGAUUUGGGUAUGUGGAGGAACAGUGGCAAUUCAAAACAUAGCUUAAUCUGUACAACUGUGACAAAAAUUUUGGUGAAAGAUUUUUACUGGACAAUUUGGUUAGUUUAAAGAAAAACCAACAACUUCAGAUAAACCAGCUCAGCCCAAUGAGGUAAAGGGUGAUUUCCUCUCAAAAGGUGCAAUCACAUUUUUUCUAGAGAAACUUACGAGAAAUUAUUCAGAUUCAGAAAACUGGUUGAACCAUCUCUUUCCCUGAUCUCCUCAUCCCCUAUAAAAACUAUGUCUAGUCAUGGAGAAGAUCUAAUUUGGUGACAGAUCCAGGUUCCCAAGUUAACAGAAGUUAAGGGACACUAUCACAUUUGAAGGAGAAGAUUGCUGCAUUCUCUGAAUAGGCUGUAUUAAAAAGAACUGAUUUAACCUACAAAAAUGAAAAGCUGAAGUCUGAGGCUAGUGCUCAGCAACAGUACAAAACACAAAUAAUUAAGGUAACACUAAUUGGUAGAAAAAAGCCCAGCUGUUGGAGGAGGAAGGAGAGAGAUUUCAUAAAUGCAAAAAAGGUUCAGAGAUCUCUUCUGGAAGAAAGGGCAUAAUGGAUACUCAACAUACAUUUACACACCAUGAGAAGAAGCCUGCAGACAAAUCUUUUCUUUGAAGGGUCAGUAGUUAUGACUCUUGAACCUGCAACUCUUUUCAUAUUCAGUAAGGAGCAUCUUGUAACUCUGAUUGGGCAGGACUAGCUGUAGUGAAAGACCAGUGUUUUUAUCUAAAAGUAAAAUGUAUUCUUUACAAAUAGUAUCUUUAGUGUAAUUUUAUUUACAGAAUAAAUUGCAAAAGUACAUCACAUUUAGUGCAAAUGCAACUAAUGAUAUUAAGAUUUAUAUACUGCUUUGUAAACUUUCCAUACCUUUGUAAAAUAAAGCUCUCCAUUUAAAUUAAGAAACAGUUACUUGCCUGUGUUCAAUGAUAGUUUCCAGAAAUGGCAAAUAAGGAGUUAAACGGUUGUAUUUUGGGCAUAAGACUUUUUGUAAAGUUCCCAUUAGUGGCUAUGGUCAAUGAACCAUUUUUCAGCUGAUUUCAAAAAGAUGAAACAUUUGAGGUAUAAGAAAUUCUUUUUAACAUCACUAUAUAAAAUGCUUACUGGUGAUAUAGUAAACAUGUACAAUUUAAUCUUAUUUGCCUUACUAGCAUUACCAUAUAGGCACUUUUCUACAUAUUCAAAUCAAGAACAGAAUUAUUCUGUAAUAAGGCAUAUUCCAUGCACACCAUUUAGAGAAAGGCAAAUAAAUGAGGAGAAAAGUUUUAUAGAGCAUGAAAUCUGCAUGUAUGUGUGUAACCAUGUGUUAUAUAUGUGUUUGGACCUCUUUAUAUAGAAUAAAGACGAAGACACAAGGAGUAAUUCACUUACAACAUUGUGCAGAUAUCAGACAUUUAUCAGCCAAUUCUUCAUAACUCUUUUGUAGUUAUAUCCAGGCACCUGCAAUACUAUAUUAAAUAAGACUUUCAGCUUUCUUUUGAAAAAAAUAUAUCUGAAUCUUAUGUUGUUCUACAUAUACAAGUUAGUGAAGUGCCCAAGAAAUGCCUUUGAAUAACCUCCACCUAAAGGCCACCAAGCAAGAUAUCCGCUCAAGUGAGUACUAGUCUCUGCCCCCACAGUCCAUUCCUCACGGCUAUUUCCAGAGAUCAAAGGCAGGCAUACAUUUGCAUUCAAGUUCUCACAGCAACUAAGGGGAACUUUUCAUUUAGAAUCUGUGGAUUCUUAUAGCUCUGUUAAGUUUCUGAUCAAGUAGUAAAUAUUAACAACUCACAUUUUCUACACAUACCUCAUAGCAUGGCUUUAAUUAAGAUGAGAAACAAAAAUGUGCAGGACCAGGAAAUAAUAUACUCGCUCUUACUUGCAGACUGGGAAUGGUUGUCCUAUGUAGUCCAAUUUGCUUUAAUAAAUAUUACAGGGUACCUUCUUGUAGUUUCACGAAACCCACGUGUAACGUAGGCUGGACAGACUACUGUUGUAAUUUUCAGGCACAAUCUCGCCCUCUCAUAUAGAAUCUACCUAGAAAUUUCUGAAUCAUGUUCAAUAAAUUCUGUAGCACAUAUUACAUAACUAAAAAAUACAAUAGAAAUAUAAAGA